ACUGUCCCAGCAGAAGCACGUCUGACAGGUGACAGCUCCUCCCUCCUUAAACCAGAAAUCUAAGUGCAGAGAGAGAGAGAGAGAAAUAGAGAUAAAAUAUAAAGAAGAGAGAGAAAAGAAGGAAUCCCAACGACCCAGAGAGAAACUAGAAAGAGACAUAAAAAAAUCGCCAGACAGAGAAAGAGAGGCUAUGAUUUGGGUUGCGGGAAGAACUGGGAUGUGAUCCCCCACGCGCAUCCUUGCGCUUGUUACUUGUUACUCUCUCCCUCUCUCUCUCUCUCUCUGCACAUAAUUAUCUUUUUCUUUCUCUUGUGAUGGCCCCAGUGUGAUCCGAUUCUCUCUCUCUCUUUUCAUCCUUACAAAAGCUACAAAGUUGAAUCAUUGGCUGCAUUUGUCUUGGAUCAUAGUCUCUCUGCUAUGUUGCGGAAAAUGAGAAUUUAGUGGAGCAACAAGAAGGGGAAGAAGAAGAAGAACCUGCUGCAGAUAUUGGGAUGUCAAAAAGCUCGGCUUUUGGGUCGUUUACGUCUUGAAAAAUAAAUAUGUUGAUGCGAGGAGAUCUUGAUCCGAAGUCAAUGCAAGCAUACACUGGUUCUCUGAAUGAUGUUUUCAGGACAACUAUGCUCAACCAGGAGGUUAUGUUUAAAAAGCAGGUUCAUGAACUCCAUCAUCUAUAUGGGAUACAGAAGGCACUGAUGCAGAACGUUGGCAGGAUGGAGUUUGGUAGAUACAAUUUCAGGAAGGCUAGUGCUGAGUCAACUCUGUUACCUUGCAGAAAUUCUACACGAGAUGAACCUAUGGACUUCUUAGAAGGGUACAAAGGUGUAUAUGAUAAGAUUCAGCCGAGGACUCCUGAUCUUAAACUUCCCUCGGUUCAAUGCAUUAGCUAUAUUGAUCCAGCAGAGUUGACGCUUUCCCUGAGCAUUCAAGAAGACAGUAGGAGAGAGGGAGGUACUAAGAGAGCUUGGUUUGAUGUAGAAACUCAUUCCUGCUCACAGCAAGUGAUUGAUUUAGAAGAAUCAAUUGAGAGGACAUCAAUCGAGGGUUUGGAACACUCACCCUCUUUCAGCAGUGCUACUCCAAUAAAAAACUUCGGGGCCAAGCACGAUUCUGAAGUUUCUGUCCUUUUUGAUCCUAUCGUCUCAAGUUGUGGGAAGGAAAAUCUAUUGUUUCAUGCUGCAGACAGUAACCCCCUUUCAGAUUACAGUGAGUGGAAUCCUUUCAAUCAAGGACUAAAAAAGCGUUCUGGUGGUAUCCCAAUUAACAAUUUGUCCACCACGAGGCAACAUUUCGGUUCAUGUGAAGCAGGGCUUCUGGACCUCAACAAAAUUCAGCAUGAUGAUUCAUCUUGUAUGUCAAAUGAUCCUACAGUAGCCCAUCCUUCAACAGCAAGCUCAUCACAUGCUUUUCAUGGAUUAGUUGGCAAGGUAGAGGAAGGCACUCCUUGUUUCGGAACUGGGAAAAAGAAAAAUGAUAAUGACUCAAAUAAAGCUUCUGAAACGUUUCAAAAAGAUGAUUCUGGAGAUUUUGCUUCCAUGAACUCCAAAAGAAAAAAUGAGAGAACAGAUUAUUGGGGUGGGAAUUCCAAAGUUGAUGUCUUGAGCAUAAGUGAAAUGGGCCAUGUAAGUUUGGAGGCUGCGUGUAGAUCCAAGAUAGAUCUCCGUGAAGCAGUUUGUUGUCACAGUAAUGACCCUGGUAAGGGAAAUGACGGGUUCAUCAUGGGACUCCUAGACAGUCGAACUCAUUCAUGUGAAGCUGCUAAACAAGUAAACCAUGAGAACAACAAAGCAAAAGACCCUAUAUUUUCACAUUCUGAUCUUAGUCAAAAAAGAGAUCAAGAUGGACGUGGAAAUAUAUCUUCUGCUUCAUGUAAGCCGGGCUGCAUUGGUGAUAAUGAUUCCAGCAGCAUAAAGACUAUGCAAUCAGAGGUUGAGUACAAAAACUCAAAUCCCUUUUGUGUUGAUCAAUUUUCAGAAACACAUGUAGGGUAUCAAGUUUCAGAAACCUUAAUGGUUGAACAGGACCAAAGAUCUUCCAACAACAGUCAAUUAAAACACAAAUGCCUCAACAAGGAAGGAGAAUCAGCUGAACUCGAUGUUUUGAUCAAAGAGGCAGCCGAAGCACUUGUCGGAAUCUCAUUGGAGAACUCAUCUGGUUAUCAAGAUUGUCCUUACAAAGUAGGGGUAUCAAAUAAGAUGGAAAUGAAGGAGAGUGAGCAACCACAGUAUUCUUCUGAUUCUUUCGAGUUAAUCACACUAAAGCUAACAGAAAGCAGCACGGAUGACUAUUGUGUGUCAUCAGAGCCUUCUGAAGUAGAUUAUACUGAUAGAAAGGAUUUUGGUGUUAAGUUGAGAAGGGGGAGAAGAUUGAAAGAUUUUCAGAGGGACAUACUUCCUGGUCUGGCAUCUCUUUCCCGGCAAGAAAUUCGUGAAGAUAUAAACAUUAUGGAGGCAGUUUUAAGAUCAAGAGAGUACAAAAAAUUAAGAGCCAAGGCUGCUGAUGGUCAAAGCUGGUGUGCUCCUGUCAAAAACAAACGUUCACGACUAAACUAUGUUCCACGGAGGAAAAAAACUUUAUGAGAAGUUUUAAGUUGGGAAUGACAUAGAUCUGAGCAACUAUUUGUUUGUAAUCAUUGGCUGCAUAUAACCUUAAGCUUAUGUUCUGACUUUAGAAUCAUUUAGCUACUUUCUGAUUCAUGUACUGAUCUUAAUACUAGUAUUGGUAACUGGAUAAAUGGUAACCCUAAUCCCGCAGAGAUACAAAAAUAAUGAUUGAGAAGGUGAGCUUGCUUGUGUCA